AUGGAUGAGUUUGAAAGAUACAUGUGUGAUCUGGACAGAGUAGAUGGAAGAAUAAGAUCAUAUCUAGCGAAUGAAGUUGGCUUUGAGAAAUGGACAAGAGUUUUUAGCCCAAACAAACGAUUUUCAACAUUAACAUCUAAUAUUGCAGAAUCAAUAAAUUCUGCACUCAACGCUGCAAGGGAAUUACCAGUAUCACUUUUGGUGGAAUCCAUUAGAUGCCUGGUUCAAAAAUGGCAUUGGGCAAACAAACACCUGGCAUCUUCAACAUUCACAAAUCUAUCAUCUGAAGCAGAGGAGUCGUUGAAGUACAAUCGAGAAUGGUCACGCAAAAUGAAGUCAUUGGACGAAGAAAUCUAG